AUCUCUCCUCCCUCCCUCCCUCUCUCCAUCUCUCCUCCCUCCCUCCCCCGCUCCAUCUCUCCUCCAUCUCUUCUCUCCUCGGUUCCGGAGCAGGAUGGACGUUGCAAACCAGCUGGUGGCCCAGGGCCAGUUCAGGGUUCUGAAGGUUCCUCUGGGCUUCAUCAAGGUCUUAGAAUGGUUUUUUGCCAUCUUUGCCUUCUCCACCUGUGGCAGUUAUUCUGGGAUGUUCAAGAUGGCCGUGGAGUGUAAGAACCGAACGGACAGCGACCUUGGUGUGGAGGUGCAGUUUGAAUAUCCAUUCAGACUCCAUCAGGUGUACUUCGACGCCCCCACCUGUACGGACGGGAGCAAGGAACGAGUCUUCCUGGUUGGCGACUACUCUUCUUCAGCUGAAUUCUUCGUCACUAUCGGUGUGUUCGCCUUCCUCUACUCCACAGCUGCUCUCGCCAUCUACAUCUUCUUUUAUGAAAAGUACAAGGAGAACAACAAAGGCCCUCUGAUUGACCUCGGAGUGACCGGAGUUUUUGCCUUCAUGUGGCUCGUGAGUUCCGCAGCCUGGGCUAAAGGUCUGUCCGACGUGAAGACAGCAACAAAUCCAGACGAGGUCGUCACUAUGAUUAAAGCCUGUGAAGAGAAGAUACACAGGUGCCAUGAAGUUCACGACCCGGUGAUGUCUGGACUCAACACGUCAGUGGCAUUCGGCUUCAUCAAUCUGAUCCUUUGGCUGGGAAACCUCUGGUUCGUCUUCAAGGAGACGGGGAUCAUAGCCCCCUUCAUGCGGGCUCCGCCUCCCCAGGAUAAACCUGCUCCUGACGCCUAUGGCCAGCAGGGGGCGUAUGAACAAGACCCGUAUGCCAGCAGCCAGGGUGGCUACCAACCCGAAUACAACCAGCAGGGAUACAACCAGGAAGCAGAGUACGGUCAAGGCUACGGUCAGCAGGGGGCUCCAACCUCCUACUCCAACCAGAUGUGAGCGGACAGAAAGCAGGAAGCGUCGGAGUGAACCAGCAGUGGGUCGCCAGCAACCUACCCACAAUGCAACACUCCUGUCUGUAUGCAGAGUUCCUGGGUGGGAUGGGGGUGGGGAGGGGUUAACUGAUGUGUAAAUGACCUAAAAUGAGAGAAUUAUAAAUAAAAACACAACUUGAAGAAACCACCGAGACAACAACAGGAAGCCUGAGGAGCAGGAACCUGAGUCCGUUACCGUGGUGAUCCUGUCGUUCCAGUAUGUAAUCGGUGUGCUGUAUAGAUGUCACUCAACACAUAUAUAUAUAAGAUAUAAACUGAACUCUCGCUUCUUUUUUUGUAUUGACCUCAAGUAGCUGUUUAAGCUCCUCCCCCUGAACCCGAGUCUCACCUGACAACUCUGAAGCUGUUCAUACUGAGUCCAGAUGUGAGUCCGAUCCGAACCUGAAACAGAAUCUGAGCUGGGUGUUUACCAGCGUCGCAGGAAGUGAUGUCAUCCUAGACUCACUGUGAACCCAGCUUCAAGGCGGCUCAGGGUGGAUCCAACACGCUGUGUCUGAGAGGUCCGUCUGAAGGAUGAAACCGGACCAGAACCAGGGCCAGAACUAGACCUGGACGCCACUAAAUGAAGAAUCACUCACAAAGUUGUGGACCUGCAGCUUCUCCAUCUCCUCGUCUUCCUCCUGCCUCCUGAAUGUGUCGACGUGUCCAGCUUUACCCUUCAGACAGACUGCUGUGUUUGUCUGCUCUCGGCCAAUCAGAAGACUGAAAAGUUCUCAUCUUCCUCAUUUCUUCUUCUUGUGUUUUUCUAAGUGAGGUGUUUCUAGUACCUUCCUCCGCAUGGUGACAUGUUCUCUUCUUGUGUUGUUCGGUAACUACCGAUCAGUGUGAUCGUACUUCCUGGUUCUUGUACAGGCGCGUCUGUGAUCAUUGCUCGUUUGCUCUCCCCUUCCAGCCUCAUCCCACUUCCUUUAUUUAUUUAUCUCCAUUCCUCCUUCUCCCCUUAGAUCUUCUCUCCCGCUUUGUUUUCCUCGUUCUUUUGUGUGACCUUCCUUUUGACCUCUGUGAUGUAACUUCCUCAGCAUCAGUAACCAUGACAAUGGUGUUGACAGUGAUGAUGAUGUGUGACUUGUUGCUAUGGAAAUGCCCCCCUGCUGUGUUUCUUCAGUGAAAAGUUACAAUAAAGGAUAAACUGGUCCCA